AUGAAGCUCAACGCUAUCCUCCUCUUCUCCCUCAUUGGCCUCGGCCUCGCUACUCCCGUCACUGUCGAUGGAAACCUCACUACUCGUGGCGACAACACCGACCUCGACAACGACGGCUCUCUCAUCCCCCAUCCUCGCUGCGAUGCCAACGGCGACUGCCCCCGCUACUUCGGCUGCAGAAACGGAUGGUGCUACUGCCUCCCUUACCAUAUUCAGGACUGCCAGCCUCCUCGUCAGGAGUAA